AGAAGCUGUUUACUGGCUUGCAUGACAGCUGAUGCUAAUCAUUUCUUUGCAUCCCCUUUCAAAGUGUGAAAACUUCCUUUUUCUGUAAAGUCUCAUUCUCGGAGUGAGGCUGUGUGUGACAGACUGAUACAAGUGGGUCCUCUGAGUUUUAAUUAUUUUCAGAAAUCCAGUUUUAGUCCCACAUGAGAUGGAGGCUCAGACAGUCAAGUGGUUGGUUCUUCUGGCCCUAAUAAAACAUGUUUCUACAAGUCCCUUUAAAGUAGAACCUGGUGGGCUGCUGGCUACUGAGGGAUCCUGUGUUGAAAUUAAAUGCCAAGUCACAGAAGAUGUUGAUGAUCAUGAUGCAAACUGGUUUUGGAUGAAAGAUAGACUAUGGGUCGAAAAGGAUAAAGACUAUACAUCCACUGUCAUUUACAGCACAAACACCGUGACACGUCCGGUCAGUGCUGACUUUGCAAACAGAGUGAAUUACAUCGGUUCUCCAUCUUCAAGUUGGCAGAAUGCUAACUCUGCCAGGGCGAAGCCACUGUGCAGUAUUUUGAUCUGUGACCUGAGAAGAAGUGACAGCGGAAAGUAUUCUUUGACAUUCGAAGGGAGGGACAGAUGGUCAUCUGAAGAAGUGACCCUCAACGUUGAAGUAAACCGAUGCCCGCUCACUUUUGAGGGACCAGCUGCUGUGGUGGAGUCCGACGUGGUCACACUCACAUGCUCCACUUCAAGUUCAUGUCCUUUAAGACCUCAGAUUCAAGAUGUGACUCAGAUCGACCGGACACAGGUCACAGGCUAUCAUCAGGAUAAGGAGAGAACCACCACCUUCAGCUUUACAGCCAGCAGGCACGAUGAUGGGAGGGUGUUUUCAUGCCAAACACAGGACAACACGGACAAAUAUUUGAUCCGGAAUAUUAAAGUCACUGUUAAAUACCCGCCCACUGAACCUAAACUGUCUAUGAGGUCUGAGGUCACAGAAGGUCUGACCCUCACCGUCAACUGCACUGCUGAAAGUUUCCCACAGUCAACUCUCACCUUGAUGAGGAUCAACACAAAUCAUCAGUCUUUACUAAUCACUGAAAAUAAUCUUUAUUCACGACCCAUCAACUCUCUCUCCCACAAGUUUACUGUGACUUCAGCCGACACUGGCUUGUACGUCUGCCGUGCCCAGAACACUGAGGGCUCAACGGACAGCAAGCAGCAGGAGUUGGUGGUGAAAUGUGAGUGUUUCAGCUCCGGCUUUUUUUUCAACCAAACAGAUCAAACCAAAACUUUCCUUUAAAAAUCCAUUAAUAAAAAAGUAGCAUUUCUAAAUUUUUCUAUUUAACUUUUACUUCUGACAAUUGAAACAAGAGCACCUGAGAAAUGAAUGAUCUAAAGUAAAAGUAUCUGUUUGAUUAAGUUCUGUAGAGCUUAGAAAAUAUCAAUUAACUACCAGACCCUAUACAAAGUCAUUAAAUCUAUAAAUUAUCAAUAAUAAUGAUCCAGUAAUGUUACGUGGUGCCACUCUGCCACUUAAUGAAUACUCCUGCUAAACUACUGUGCUGCUUAUUUAAAUUAUGAAUUCAGAGCCUAUACUUGUAAUGGAGUAUUUUUGUGACUUUGAGUUGUAAGUGAUUUUUCUUUCUGUUAGUGAUAUAUACAGAAAUCCAGAGUGGUUAUACUGUGGUCUAUAAGUGUUCUUAGGCAGACACAAGAGGCACUUGUCUAUUGUGUUGUGUUGGUUCUUUGUUGUCCCUAGAAGUUCAGAUGCACUUGUCCAAUAUUAUUUGAACCUCAGCAUUUGGGGUAUAUUUUUGUUAUAUUUUUUCAGAGAGUUGAAAUAUAUUCUGAAGAGAAAUUUUUUGGGGUUGUUUUGUGUCUGUAUAGGC